AUGCAGCCGGGGUCCGGGCAGCCGGGGCCGGGGCCGGGGCCGGAGGAGCUGUGGGAGCCGGAGGUGGAGUGGCUGUGCUCCUCCUGGGCGCCCCUGCGCUCACUGCCCUACGCCAUGGCGGACCGGCGCUUCCUCCGGCAGCUGUGGGAGCCCGAGGGGGCCGAGGCCUCGUGCUGGCAGCGGUGGCGGCGGCGGCGGGCGGCCGCGGGGCGGCGCCUGCGGGAGGCAGCGCGGCGGCUGGCCCAGGGCUUCGGGCUCUGGAAGGGGGCGCUCUACGAGAUCGGGGGCCUGUUCGGCACCGGGAUCCAGUCCUACUUCACCUUCCUCCGCUUCCUGCUGAUGCUCAACCUGCUGACCGCGCUCCUGACCGCCGGCUUCGUGCUGCUGCCCCUGGUCUGGCUCCGCCCGCCGGGCCCAGGCCCCGCCCUCAACCUCACAGCCCUCCAGUGCCCUGGUGGCCCCCAGCCCCCGCCCGCGGCUCCCAAUUUCCAUUCCCGGCUUUGGAACGUGUUGACCGGCAGGGCCUUCAGCAACACCUACCUCUUCUAUGGCGCCUACCGGGCGGAGCCAGAGGGCAGCUCCGCCUACAGCAUCCGCCUGGCCUACCUGCUGAGCCCGCUGGCCUGCCUGCUGCUCUGCUUCUGCGGGACCCUGCGGCGGAUGGUGAAGGGGCUGCCUCAGAAGCUGUUCCUGGGCCAGGAGUACCGGGCGCCGCUCAGUGCCAAGGUCUUCUCCUCCUGGGACUUCUGCAUCCGGGGCCUGGAGGCGGCCACCAUCAAGCAGCAUGAGAUCAGCAACGAGCUCAAGGUGGAGCUGGAGGAGGGGCGUCGCUUCCAGCUGGCGCAGCAGCGGACGCGGGCCCAGCGCGCCUGCCACCUGCUCUCCCACCUGCGGGUCAACGUCCUCUUCGGGCUGCUGGUGGUCGGAGCCAUCAGCGCCAUCUUCUGGGCCACCAAGUACUCGCAGGACAACAAGGAGGAGACCCUGUUUGUGCUGCUCCAGUACCUGCCCCCCGGGGUCAUCGCCCUCGUCAACUUCCUGGGCCCCCUGCUGUUUGUGUUCCUGGUGCAGCUGGAGAGCUACCCGCCCAACACCGAGGUCAACCUCAUCCUUGUCUGGUGCGUGGUGCUGAAGCUGGCCAGCCUGGGCAUGUUCUCCUUCUCGCUGGGCCAGACCGUGCUGUGCCUCGGCCGCAACAGGACCAGCUGUGAGUCCCACGGCUACAACGCCUGUGACUACCAGUGCUGGGAGAACUCGGUGGGUGAGGAGCUGUACAAGCUGAGCACCUUCAACUUCCUGCUCACCGUGGCCUUCGCCUUCCUGGUCACCCUGCCCAGGCGGGUGCUGGUGGAGCGGUUCUCGGGCCGGUUCUGGGCCUGGCUGGGCCGGGAGCAGUUCCUCGUGCCCACGAACGUGCUGGACAUGGUGGCGGGGCAGACGGUCGUCUGGAUGGGCCUCUUCUACUGCCCGCUGCUGCCCCUGCUGCACAGCGUCUUCCUGGCGCUCACCUUCCACAUCAAGAAGUACACGCUCCUGAGGAACUGCAAGGCGUCGCUGCGGCGGUUCCGAGCCUCCAGCUCCACCUUCUUCUUCCAGCUGGUGCUGGCGCUGGGCCUGCUGCUGGCCACCGUGCCGCUGGCCUACGUGGUCAGCAGCAUCCACUCCUCCCAGGGCUGCGGCCUCUUCGCCAACUACUCGGCGCCCUGGCAGGUGGUGCCGGAGCUGGUGGCGCUCCGGCUGCCGCCCCCCGCCCAGCAGGCCCUCGGCUACCUGGGCUCCCAGGCGUUCAGCUUCCCCCUCCUCAUCCUGCUCAGCCUCGUCCUGACCGUGUGCGUCUCCCAGUCCCAGGCCAACGCCAGGGCCAUCCAGGGGCUGCGGAAGCAGCUGGUGUGGCAGGUGCAGGAGAAGUGGCACCUGGUGGAGGACCUGUCCCGGCUGCUGCCAGAGCCAGGCCUCGCGGACUCCCCGGGGCCCACAUCCCCUCGCUCUGCGUCUUCUCGCCCGCGGUCCUUGUGCCCCGGAUUCCCCUGCCCGGGCUCCCCGGGGCCCAGGUCCCCCCAGGCCCUCAGGCCCCCCAGGCCCUCCCCCUCCCCCGCGGAUCCCGCCUGUAGGUUCCGCUUCCCCAGCAGCUCGGAGCUGUAA